AUGCACCAGCUCAGUCUACCUUUGUUGAGGUCUCAAUUCCCAAGCUAUCUCACAAGCUAUAUGAUACCAAUGGCAGAACAAGAAAUCGUGGAAGGAGAAGGUGGAUUUUCGACCGAAGUUUCGAGUGUGCUAGCAAUGGAAGAGCUCCAACCUCAUCGCGGCACAGAUUUAAUGGCGGACCACUUGUGGAAUUCGACAGAUCUUGAGGAGCUUGUAAACACCUGUGGCUUAUUGGACAUUAUCGAGCGACAUAGAUCGGAAGACCUACUAAGACAGUUGAUAGACGACGCUAAAGGCAUGAGCAAUGGGAGCAAAGCGGUCAUUUUUCUUGUUCUUGCUUAUGCAGCUCAAGCACGCAGCAACAGCGUGCUGGACUAUCAAAUUGCACAGCACUAUUACCACCAUGGUCGUCGAAUAGCACUCCUGGAUUUGACCGAUGAGCCAUGCCUAGAGACAGUGCAGGCAUUUCUGUUAUUGUGCCUGUAUAUGCUAGCCUGUUCUCAGAGAAACGGUGCCUAUCUCCAACUUGGAAUUGCAAUCAGUGCCGCCAAAUCUCUCGGCAUGCACCGAGAUAUGCUGGCUGCAGAGAAUGGCACACAGGACAGCUUUCUGAGGCGCCGAAUUUGGAGGACUCUCUGCUACCACGAUGUACAUUUUUGUGCCAUGAUGGGCCGUACACCCUCGACCAUCACCACCGACUCAGCACCAUUUGACAGCUUGAUAUUGCCCUCUAGUUCUUCGAAAAAGGAUUCAGACCAGCAGCUGGCCCUCCUAGAAUCCGCACGCGCCUUUACAUAUAUGCAAAGAACAGUGACCGAUAUUUACACGAAGCGGUCAGUUUCUCUGGGAUUGCUGCAAGAAUUAGCCCAGGAACUGCAGCAGGCAAGCUCGAGAAUACCGUCGACACUGCGUGUCAUUACAUGUUCGGAUAAUCCAAGUCAACUAUGUGUCAUUCGUAAUGCCAUGGUGGCAUGCAACUAUUACUUCAGCAUGAUGGUUUUAUCCAGGCCUUUUCUCGUCACUUGUAUCCACGCCAAGCUGAGCCGCAGCAAGAAUGCUUCCAUGGACAGCACAGGUACCUGGCAAGACGAUGAUGGCAAGGUCCACAGCGACAUCCUGCAGGGAGCGAUGACUUCCAUUGACGCAGCAACAUUUACAGUGCAGUUGUUACACGAACUCCUGGCGGCUGAAAUGCUCUUCAACAAUAUGCCUCUUCCAAUUGCUUGGGUAUUUGUUUCAGCUUUGACGAUAUGCUCUGCCUACUUUGGCCGGAUUGGAAAUCUCUGUGAGAUGGAAAAGUCCAUUCAACAAGCCGAUGAGAUCUUGGCCCAUUUCUCCAAGCACAGCAGACAGGGUAAGCGAUAUGGACUGAUUCUGAAGAAGCUGUCGAAAGCAGCUGCCGGGCACCUACAGGCUAUGAAGCAUAAGGAGCGACAAGCUCGUAAUAUUAUGAUGCCGGAGCUGUUCAGGCUCAACCUGCCAGCCGCUAAAGGCAGGACUGGUACUAGUUCGCAGACUUUGGACAGGGGUCCUGAGAGGAUAUUGUCACACAACAUUGGAGAGCGGGUAGAUCCUCACACGGCGAGUGACACUCCUUUACUCUUCAGCACCGAAGCUGUAGGGACUAUACGAGGACCAUCACCACUCGACUCCUCCUCAACACUGAACGACGCCUCUUUGCUAGAUUUGAUCCAAUCUUAUGGUGACUCCGCCAGCUUCUUUGCGACCGCCGAUUACAACUUUAACAGCUACCCAGACGAUCUUCAGUUCAAUCUUGAUGACGCAGCGGAUAUUUGGGACCUUAAUUGGGGAGGAUCUCUUCUUUAG